CUGCUCUCUCUCCUCCUUGCACCGCCUCUCCCAUUUGCUGCUCGACCCCCCUUCCUGUCUCAUUUCAGCUGUCUCACCACCAUCGCCAGCCCUCUGCCCCGACACUGCCUGCCACCGCGCCUCCUGGUGCUGGUCUUCUUCCCUCUGUUCUCAGUGUGA